CACAACAUAACCACCAUGAAGCUUAUUGUUCUUGCCUGUCUUGCCGCCGUGGCUGUUGCCGCCCCUCAACUCCAGGAGAGGGAAGUCCUUCUGCUUCGCGAUGACCGUGUAGCCAACGAAGACGGCACCUUCUCCUAUGCCCUGGAAGCCGACAACGGCAUCAACACAGCCGUUGCUGGAGUUGUUGGAUCUGCCGGUCAGAUCAACCAGGAAGGAUCUUACACUGUCACCCUUGAGGACGGAACCCAGGCUGUUGUCACCUUCGUCGCCAACGAGAACGGCUUCCAGCCCCAGUCCAACAUCCUGCCCACUCCCCACCCUCUUCCUGCCCACGUCUAUGAGCUGUUGGAAAUCGCUGAGCGUCAGCGCGCUGAGGGCAUCGUGUUCAACUAAGAUAGUGAGACAAAUUGAACGAUAAAUGGAAAGGAUAUCGAAAUUA